AUGCGAAAGGUGGAUUCAGCGCAAUUAGAUGCAUUGCUUUCUCGACUGGAUACGUUCUGUAAGAUUGACACCAUUAUUGAAAGAGUGGCAGACUGUUCGUUUCUGCUGUUCCAUCGAGAUUUGAUUGGGAUUUACUGGGACACGACUCUGGAUCGAACACCGACCAGGCAAAGCAUUACGUACUUUGCUAUGGCAGUUUCGGACUGUAUACGAUAUGUGAAGAAGUCCAAAAUCGAAAUCCAAGUGGACCGUUUUCGUUCAGAGAUGUUCGAAUUGAUUAAGAAGGGGUUCCUCUUUCCACUUUGUGCUGCAAUUGAAAACGAUUUGAGGAUUCUCUCCCACCAACAUCUUGUCAUUGAUGAAAGGGAUAUACCUUCCCGAGAACAGCUGGAAUUUUACAAGGAAAUAUUGAUAGAUCCAGAAAUUCGACUUCUUGGCGUCGUUAUAAAUAUCAGCGAAUUUGUUUCUUGCUAUCUUCAAAAAACUUUCUAUGAUCUGACCGCGGUUACUCUUCAUGAUCGUCAUGCGUACAGCAAAAUGGCCACGUUAGCCGAACAGCGGUAUGGUUUGAGUCUCAUCGAUGGAAUGUUACCAAAUUGUCCAUCGGACAGAGUCUGGAUGUGGUGA